ACCAGUCAACCACAGAUGGAAGAGGGAACCUUAUAAUAAGUACUCUUUGGUACGUAGCCUACAGUCCCACCCAAACAUGGCUGAUACAGAGACAGCCGAGGAAUCUUCUUCAGGAAUUUUGCAAGAAAUGUUCACGUCCCCGUUGAAUUUGAGUCUGCUUGGCCUCUGCAUAUUUAUUUUACUCAGAAUCUUCUGCGGAGACAAGCCUGCAGAUAUGGGCGAGGUUGAGGAACCUCUGCCUAAACUCAAGAACAGAGAUUUCACUUUAGCGGAGCUGCAACCGUACGAUGGGCUUCAAAAUCGAAGAAUUCUCAUGGCUGUCAAUUCAAAGGUGUUUGAUGUAACCACAGGAAAGAAAUUAUACGGGCCAGUGGGUCCAUAUGGAUUGUUGGCUGGUAAAGAUGCCUCCAGGGGCCUAGCCACUUUCUGUCUGGAGAAGGAGGCCCUGAAAGACACCCACGAUGACCUCUCGGACCUCAAUGCCAUGCAACAGGAGAGCCUCAACGAAUGGGAGACCCAGUUCACCCAAAAGUAUGACUAUGUUGGCAAACUUCUGAAACCUGGAGAGGAACCCUCUGAGUACACUGAUGACGAGGAGGUCAAGGACAAAAAUAAGGACUAGAACUCACAAGUGCACACAGGAAAUUCAGAUGCUUUAAUUAUUUUGGAUAAUGUGAUGCAUAUUGGCUUGUGCUGCGGCCAUUGAGCGAAAUGCUUUCUCCUGGAUGGCUUUUGCAUUAUAUCAAUGUCAUGGACCAUCACCUCUUAUUCUAUGUUCAUAUGCCACAGACCUUAAAGCCGCAAUCAGCAGUUGAAACAAUAACAAAGCAUUAUCAAGCCCCUGUUUAGGUAAAAAAAAAAAAAAACUGGACGCAGCGACUGACCAUCCAUGAUAUAAAUGUAUAGUUUUAACUAUGUUUUUAGGCUAAAAGGGGUUUGUUUACAUUUACUUUGUUUACACACAUUGGAGUAAAAUAAGCUUAUAUGUUGGGUUCUAAUGGGGUACGACAUUUUAACUAUUGAACUAAACUCGUGAGGCAUUUGUGUUAUAUUUGUCAAAAAAUAAGGGGUUAAUAUCAUUCAAUUAUAAGUCCAAAAGUGGAUGUUGCAACAGCUGAUUGCCCCUUUAAUUUACCAAAAUGCACCAGAUUUUUAUGUUCAGGUUACAAUAACUUUUGAAUACCGUAGUGUUUUUGUAAAAGCAGUAUACAGGUAGUAUACACCUUUCUUGUAUUUCUCUACAUGUUUAUUUUUUGUAUAUGGUGAUGUUUUGUAUGUGAUCUUGCCGGACUGUUUCUAUAUUUUAUUGUUCAUUUAAAAAACAAACAUCUUGGGCUACCUAUCAAACAAUCUUUUGUGUAUAAAACCAGUAGAUGACGGUAAUACCACGGAGGGGAACCACCAGGCCACCUAAUGAUGGCUGCCGGUGUGGCCAUGAGGUGGGGGUAAGAUGGUGGACUGGAAAAAAAUGAGAAAAUUGGAACAUGUUUUCAGUGAAUAUGGAUUGGUGGAUCACACAGAACAUUUGGAAGAGCUACAGAAGCAAAUUGAACGUGACCAGAGUUGGGAUGAAUUAACUGUGGUGGCAGGUGCGGUGAAGACCGCAGAGUUUGAGCCUCAUCAUGAUGAUAAAGAUGAUUCUAGCCCAGUGGGGAUGAGAUUUUUGGAGAUAAUGGAUCCUUGCCUUCUGGCAGAUGCAUAUGUGAUGUCAGGUUGGGUGGAGAAGAGGUUUGGGAAUGUUAGGUCGGUGAAAGUGACUUGAAGUGGAAUCAUUUCCAUUUUUUGCGUUUCUGUCAUCCAGAGGGAAUAUGCACUCCGCGUCACAUGACUGAGGACAAGAACUGUGACUUGCUUUCCGCUCUGGAGCAGGGCGCCGCUGAAAGGAGUGAUAACUGGAGUGCCGUUAAGUGUUGAGGAGGAUCAAAUGAAGUUAAAGAUUCUCAGUGUCUGUGACGCCCGCCGUUUGGUGUGACGCCGACCCGGUGGAGAGUGGUGAAACUGAGAAGACACUGUCUGCACUACUGAGUUUUUAUGCAGAGUUUUUACCAAAUAAAGUCAAGUAAUGAUGCCCGUUAUCCAAUGAGAGCUUUUGUCCCAAACCCAUUACAGUGUUGUAGGUGUCAAGGUUAUAGUCAUGUUGUAGGAGGGAGAUUCCUAGAUGUGAGAAGUGUGCAGGAGGAAAUGAGACAGGAAUGUGUAGUUUCUGUGGAAAAAGUUGUGUAUAAACUGUAGGGGUAACCAUGGUGCUGGAGAUCAGAGGUGUCUGGUGAGCGAAAGGCAGGUUGAGGUUGCCAGGAUCAGAGUAGUGCAGAAGGUGUCAUAUGCUGAGGCAGUGAAGAGAGUAGUAGAGGAAGAUGGGUCCAAGGUAAGGGAUCCUAAGAGGAUCCCUGUGAGUAGGCCAAUAGAGAGUGAUAGGAAUAACGUGCUUCUGUAAGUUUUUUGUUUGUUUUUGCGUUCAUUGCCAUUGCUGUCAACUUUACCGCAGGAACGGAUCAUGGAUCACAGAGGAUAGAUGUUGCGGUGGCAGCUGCAGAGAUGUACUUGGGUGUACGAGAUUUUACUGAAGAAGAGUUACAAGGUGUUUUGAACGAUAGUGUCCCGUCCUUCCAGGCUGCUGGCCUUGUGUCGGAUCAGCCAAAGUAGUGGAAUAGUGGUGUAGGGUUAGUUGGAAGGACAGUUUUUUUUCAUAAAGUGUAAUGAAUUCAUACUACAAUAGGUGGCUGCAUGCAUCUAUAACAUUUGUUUGCGGACCACCAUAAUAUCAAAUAAGAAGAAGGCAGAGGUCGGAUGGUGCGUUGAGUAAAGUUUAUGGAAAUUAGUGUAAAACUGUAGCAUUGAAGAAUGGCGCAAAACGGGUUAAAGUUGUUCAUAAAGAUAAGACUCGGUUUGAUAAUGCCUCGUUCUUGUUGGAGUCAUUUUUCAUAGAUGAAAAUGUGAUUUUGGGAGAUCCAUUUGCGGUCAAGGAGAGAGUGGAGGGUGUACUGGGAAAGGUGGAGUCAAUCAAACUGACCAGGAGUGGUAUGGUAUUGAUUUAUUGUAUAUCACAAGAACAAAAAUAAACUGUCUCUGGGAGUUAUCAGAG